CUCCACUCCGUCCCAGCGCUUGCCUCAGGUCGCAGAUGAAGUCAGAGGUCUGCAUAAAUGAAAGGGAAUACGUAUCAACAAGUUAGUUUACGUUGAUGCGUCAUUUGGGUGACUUCUCCCAACAUGCGGGCACCAAACUGACUAUGGGACAGUGAACACAUGCUGCCAGCUGGUCCAAGUUCAACAUCCACUUUGCCAGACUUUCGCCGAACUGCGCCGGAGCGUAAUUACGCACGUUUACCAUGGCACCGAUGUUGGACAAACGUGGUCCCGCUUUGCUUCUAAUCUGGAGCUACUGCGUCCUGGCGGAUUCGGCGUUUACCAACUUUACUUUGGACAACGAGUUCCAUUCAAGUUUCAUCCACCGUCGUCUGAAGAGUCAGGAGCGCAGAGAGAUGCAGAGGGAGAUUCUGUCGAUCCUGGGGCUGCCACACCGGCCCAGACCCCACCUGCACGGGAAACACAACGCUGCCCCCAUGUUUAUGUUGGACUUGUACAACGCCAUAACCACGGAUGUCGAGGGCAGAUACUCGUACCCCUACAAGCCCGUGUUCACCACGCAGGGGCCACCCAUAGCCAGCCUCCAGGACAACAACUUCUUGAACGAUGCAGAUAUGGUCAUGAGUUUUGUCAAUUUAGUGGAACAUGACAAAGAGUUCUUCCCUCUGCGGCGGCAUCAUAAGGAGUUUCGCUUCGACCUGUCAAAGAUCCCGGAGGGCGAAGCCGUCACUGCGGCCGAGUUCAGGAUCUAUAAAGACUUCAUCCACGAAAGAUUCGACAACGAAACCUUCCGCAUCAGCGUGUACCAGGUGCUGGAGGAGCACUCAGACAGAGAGUCUGACCUGUUCCUUCUGGACUCGCGGGUCAUCUGGGCGGCGGAGGAGGGCUGGCUCGUGUUCGACAUCACAGCCACAAGUAACCACUGGGUCGUGAACCCGGGCCGCAACCUGGGCCUUCAGCUGGGUCUGGAGAGCAGCAGCGGUGAAAGCCUGAAUCCCCGAGUGGCAGGCCUGAUUGGACGCAGCGGGCCUCAGAAUAAACAGCCCUUCAUGGUGGCCUUCUUCAAAGCUACAGAGGUGCACCUGCGCAGCAUUCGCUCAGCGUCCGGCGGCAACAAGCACAGGAACUCGAACCGCUCCAAAACGACAAAGAACCAGGACGCUCUGAAGAUGGCCAAUGUCGCGGAAAACAGCAGCACUGAUCAGAAACAGGCCUGUAAGAAGCACGAGCUCUACGUCAGCUUCAGAGACCUGGGGUGGCAGGACUGGAUCAUCGCUCCAGAGGGCUACGCCGCGUACUACUGCGAGGGAGAGUGCGCCUUCCCUUUAAACUCCUACAUGAACGCCACAAACCACGCCAUUGUGCAAACGCUGGUCCAUUUUAUCAACCCGGACACAGUUCCUAAGCCGUGCUGUGCUCCCACUCAGCUCCACGCCAUCUCUGUGCUCUACUUUGACGACAGCUCCAACGUCAUUCUGAAAAAGUACCGCAACAUGGUGGUCAGGGCCUGCGGCUGCCACUAGGACUUUCCACUUUAGUCUUAAAAACUAAACUUAGACGACUACUUCCACUCCGUAGUCUGAGAACUGAAGCAAGAGAAACGUUUAGAUUUUUGACUGAAAACUCACGCACAAGCUGCCCCGGUCCACGUGUUGGCGCUGUCUACUGUGCACAGGCUCACAGCAUUACACAGGUGUUCAGUAGAGAUGGGGAAGGCAACAUGACUCUUCUUGACUGAUUUUGGGUGUGGUUAGAUAAAUAUUCAUGGGUUUCAACAUCCUCUUUACUGGUGACAUUUGUGGGAUUUGGAGUUAUUAAUUGGCUCUGGGCA